GAAAUCGACAUUGCCUUUGUUUCAAGCUAACUCGCUCUCUUAUCCUAUACAUUUUCUCUUCUUUCAGUGAAACCUUCCUUCCUUCUCACUCACUCUCUCCUCGGCAACACAAAUGGCUCCCGAUAUCACCACCGCCAUAGCCAACGCCACCGCCGCCCAGGCAAAGGCCAACAGAGGGGACCGUGCCUUCGUGACUUUCCUCGCCGGCAAUGGUGACUACGUCAAGGGAGUGGUGGGACUGGCCAAAGGUCUGAGAAAGGCGAAGAGCAAGUACCCUCUGGUGGUUGCUAUUCUGCCGGAUGUUCCCCGGGAGCACCGUCAGAUUCUAGUCUCUCAAGGCUGCAUCGUCCGCGAGAUCGAGCCAGUCCACCCUCCCGAGAACCAAACCCAAUUCGCCAUGGCUUAUUAUGUCAUCAACUACUCCAAGCUCCGUAUCUGGGAGUUCGUGGAGUACAGCAAGAUGAUUUAUCUUGACGGAGAUAUCCAAGUGUUUGACAACAUAGACCACCUUUUUGAUCUGCCAAACGGCUACUUCUACGCCGUGAUGGACUGUUUCUGCGAGAAAACUUGGAGCCACACCCCACAGUACAAGAUCGGGUACUGCCAGCAGUGCCCUGAUAAGGUUCAAUGGCCAGCUGAGUUUGGACCCAAGCCUCCACUGUACUUCAACGCUGGGAUGUUUGUUUACGAGCCCAGUCUGUCCACCUACCAUGACCUCCUCAAAACCCUCCAAGUCACCGAGCCUACUUCCUUCGCUGAGCAGGACUUCCUGAACAUGUACUUCAAGGACAAAUACAGGCCUAUACCCAACGUCUACAACCUCGUGCUGGCCAUGCUGUGGCGUCAUCCUGAGAACGUUGAGCUUCAGAAAGUGAAAGUGGUUCACUAUUGUGCUGCUGGGUCAAAGCCAUGGAGAUAUACAGGGAAAGAGGAAAACAUGGACAGGGAUGACAUCAAGAUGCUGGUGAAGAAAUGGAGGGAUAUAUACGAGGAUGAGACGCUGGACUAUGUGAACCCUGUGAAAAUGGGUCGUAUUCAGGAGGCACUUUCCCAGGCUGGCAGGGUUCCAUUCGUUCCCGCCCCAUCCGCCGCUUAGUUUCCUUAUUGUCCAUCAAAGUCUGUAAAGAAGUACAGAGUCGUGCUUUGGCUUUUUUUUGGGGGGUUUGUUUGAUUUGGAUGAUCUUCCAAUCUACAAUGGAAGUCGCACAAAUUUUUUAAUGCUUUAAAUUCUUAGGACCUUGGGGAUUACAGAGUCAUUUUUCCCUUAUUUUUCUUCUUUGUAAUGAUGAAUAUGCAGCCACAGUAGUGCAGUACUGUUGAGCUGUGGUGGUAUCCGUAUAUUGAUGAAAAUGAAUAUAAACGAAUAUAUUUAUUUUUGUAU